AUAAAUAAAUAAAUAAAUAAAUGGAAAAAAUUUUUAUCGCAAGUUAUUCGAAGCAGCGAUAAAUUUUGAAAUUAAAUUUUACUCUGUUUCUUAUCAUCAAAUUAAUCGGUAGGUGACGUUCAUACGAUCAUACAUCAACAGCGUAUAAAAAAUACGAAUAUAAAAACAAAGCACCGCAGCGUGAUACAAAGUGAAAUUUGAUAUUUGCAACGAUAUAUCGUAACGGUUUUACAAGUUACCGCAGUUUCAAAGAAUCCAAAAAAUAACAUGUACAACGUGUACGUACAACGUGGACGUACAUAUCAUUAACGUAGGUAUCGAUCAAACAAAUAACAUAGAAACAAGAAGUUUUCAUCAAAGAAACAUGGAUGCAUGUUUCGCUGCAUUCGACAAAGACGGAGAUGGGUAUUUGUCUAUCGUGGAAUUUGAAUUUAUUUGUCGUGCAUUAUUUCGUAACGAUCGUGGGAAAAUUUAUAACGUCGACGAGAGUCAAUUGAAGGAAAUGUAUUCUAUAUUUGACUCGAAUGGAGAUGGAAAAAUUGACAAAGAAGAAUUCGAGAUAUGCUGGAAUCGUUGGAUCAAAAUAUGCACUCGUCCAAAGAGCGCGUUUUUAAUCGUAGACGUACAAAAUGAUUUUAUAACGGGCUCUUUAAAUAUCAAGCAGUGCGCUGCUCAGCACGAUGGUUCAGAAGUGAUCGAACCGAUUAAUCGUCUAUUGGAAACCGUACAAUUCGACGCAGUGUUUUAUUCCCUUGAUUGGCAUCCUACGGAUCAUGUAUCCUUUAUCGAUAACUUACACUUGAGAGAAAUCGACCCUAGCAGCGCAAUUUCAAAAGAAGCAGCGCAAGUUUACGACACCAUUACAUUCAGAGGUCCACCACUGCUAAAGCAACGUCUUUGGCCUCGUCAUUGCAUUCAAGAUUCUCGGGGUGCCGAACUUCACAAGGAUCUAAAAAUUGCGAACAACGCAAUUAAAAUAUACAAAGGAACUAAUCCAGAAGUAGACUCGUAUUCCGUUUUUUGGGAUAAUAAAAAGAUGAUGGAAACAAGUUUGUCUUCGCAAUUACAAGGAAAAGGCGCAACAGAUAUAUAUAUCUGCGGAUUAGCCUACGACGUUUGCGUCGGGGCUACCGCAAUAGACGCACUUGCAAACGGUUACCGGACUAUUUUAAUCGACGAUUGCAGCCGAGGAGUAGAUCUCGUUGACAUCGAAAAAACUAAAACUACCGUUAUAGCUAACAACGGCGUAAUCGUAAAUUCAAGCCAAGUAAAAACAAUGGUCGAGGGGAAAGAUCGUCGACCAGAACUUGGAUAUAAGUUAGCCUUGGAAAUUAAACGAAAAUUAAACUUCACAGACGACGAUGAUCGAUAAUUUAAUUUCCUUCUAAAUUGUCAAUUGGUAUAAAAGCUUGUUAAACGAACGUUAGAUCGACAUCACAGCACGAUAUUUUGUAGAUCAGAAAUUUUGCUCCUUGUAAGAACCAUACUUGUAAAAUAUUCCAGAAUAAAUUAUUUUCCGCAUCGAGUA